AUGGAUCCGGAGAGCCACCCAAUAUUCAAAUCCCAGCCCUUCGAAGCUGGGUGUUCUAAACGUUUUGUAUGCAACUCUAGCACUUCUUUUAAGACGGUGGUUGUAGAAGGAAGCACUGUCAAAUGGUGUAUGCUUCACGAACCAGAUUACCAGUAUGUGGACUUCAAACCAAUUCAGGAUUACGUUGAGGUGGUGUUGAAUAGCUCUGGUACCCUCCUAUGCCUGCAUAACAGCCAAGAGCUCCAGAUUCUAACGCUUGACAAGAAUUCCAAUCAGCCAAACGAGUACAAAAUUCCCGCUUCAGCCGGUGUAAAACAGGUGCUGUGGCAUCCUAACGCACGCCUCGACUCCUGUCUUGUGGUACUUACAGCAUCGGAUGAAAUAUGCAUGUUUGAGUUAUUGAGUGAUGAUUAUACCAAGCCUACUACCGUCUUAAAUUCGUCAGCCGCGAAGUAUGGCAUGGGCUCGAUAAUCAGAGACAUCACAUCCAUGAGCUUUAGCAGUGACGGAAUGUCACUCUAUCUUUUAAAUACUAGCGAAGGGGCAGACGUUUACUCCCUGUAUCCUUUUUUACCCUCGGAUGCCACCUUGUCUGAGGAAACUAUCAAGUACAGCUUCCACAAGGCUCUACUGCAAUAUCAAGAACUUACCGAUGGCGACUCGUCGGAACUUAAGCGCAGAGCUACCAAGCAACUUCAGUUUUCGUCUAAGCUGAAUUCUCAACUUCAAGAUCAUAUCAAAGGCAGAAGCGAUUCCUCUGCACUUGAUCUGACCAUCUCUAAAGCACUUAGGAACUCUGCUAUACAAGGGCCUUACACAAUCAACCCAUUCCCUGAAAGUUUAUACCUUGCAACAGCAGUACAACUUGAGACGUUGAAAUUCGGUGAACAUACUGAGUUGGUUCUCAUAACGUUCGAUGACGGAACCAUUCUUCAGUGUUUCCCAGACUUGGAGCCUAUGAUGUCCUGGGAGAAUUCCGAAUCUUGUCACAACAAUUCUUUAGUCUCAGUGGGGUCCUUGAAAUCACCGGGUAUCAUUUCGUUGGUAUGUGACAGUAACUUUGUCGUCCUAUCACCUCAAAAGGCUGUCCUUGUUAGCUUAAAAAGAUUGACCCAAGCUAUGGAGCAGUCUUUGAGUGAUUAUGAUGCGAGAAAUCUGAAUGAAGACCUAAGUGAGCAAAUUUUACAACAAGAGGGUGCGUUUGAUGCCGCUGGUGUAUGGUCCGCAGGAUCACAUAUUGUUUUACUUUCAAAGAACUCCACAAGUCACUUUGACGUUCCAUUUUCUGCAAAGCUCAUGAAGAAGAAGCAGGACGAACCGCACAAAGAAAUUGUGGCCCAUAGGCGUCCUUACGAUCAACCUAUGGCUGAGCUGAUCGCUUUAAAUGACAAAGCGCAAACGCUAAUGAAAACACCAUUAUCUACGGCGAUAGAGCCAAGACUGCGACAAAGUAAGCUUGACAAUGCAUGCAAUGAGGAACAGCUUUCCCUCUUAACUAACAUUUCUAAAGAGAUUCUCAACCGCGUUGUAAUUGGACAGACAUUAGCAUUAUCGAUUCACUCGCGUCUAAUGGGCCAGCAAGAUGAACUAGCGGUACAACUUCGCAAGGUUUGUGAGGUUAGAAACAAAAAAGAAGAAGCUUCAAAAAAAUACACUGCACAGCAAGAUCGUUGGACAUCUGUACAAGCCAAAAAUCAAGCCAUCAAAUCCAGAUUCGAGAGCCUGCGAGACAAACUGAUGGAGUUCUCAACAUCUGACAAGGUACGUUCUCAAGAGAUUUCCCAUACUGAAAUGGAAUGGUUCAAGGAAAUAAAAAACCAAAUCGCACGAUUCAAUCGUCUAGUUCAUUCUCAACGCGAUUUGAGCGAAAAUCUCUCAAUCUUGAAGACGGAAUUAGAAUACGUACAAGUCGAAGGUAGGGAGAGCGGCGAUAGUACAAGAAGUACGGAUGUUUCAUGGGAAGAGUUGCGCGAGUUGUUAGCCAAGGAUGCUAAAAUAAUCGGGGAAUGUCAAGUCGAGUUACAGGGCACUGCAAGCGAAUUGAACUAA